AGUUUGAAGUGUUUUAUUUAUUUGAUAUCUCGCAACUUCAUCUUCAUUCUUUGACGCUCAUCGUUCAUUCCGGCGGCCAUGCACCGGAGGCCAUCAUAGUAAGAUUCUUCGGUACAGCAACUUGAGAAAUCGGGAAGAAUCAACUGUCUUGCGAUAAGAUGGAAACAGCUGGUGCGCCAAGUUCAGAUGGCAGAAAUGAUAAUCCCAGAAAUGAUGAUGGUUCUGCUGUAGAAGUUGAGGUUUUUAGGCAUCGUGUUGACGAGGUGAUUUCGAAGGUUGAUAAGCUUGAACAACGGUUAGUUGAGAUUGAAAAUUUUUACUCAAACAUGAGCAAGAAGCAAGCAAACACAUCAAAAGGUAGUUCUGCUACUAAAGAUAAGGAUAAGGACAAACAUGUACCGAGUAUUAAGAAACAACAACAGGAUGCAUCACGUAGAGAAGCUGCUGCUGCAAAGAGAAUGCAGGAUCUUAUGCGUCAGUUUGGCACAAUAUUACGUCAGAUCACGCAACACAAGUGGGCAUGGCCCUUUAUGCAACCUGUGGAUGUGGAGGGCCUUGGCUUACAUGACUACUAUGCGGUCAUUGAUAAGCCUAUGGAUUUUAGUACCAUUAAGAAUCAGAUGGAGGCUAAGGAUGGCACUGGAUAUAAAAAUGUUCGGGAGAUAUGUGCUGAUGUCAGAUUGGUUUUCAAGAAUGCUAUGAAAUAUAAUGAUGAGAGAAGUGAUGUUCACGUGAUGGCAAAAACUUUGCUGGCAAAGUUUGAGGAGAAAUGGUUGGUACUUCUGCCUAAAGUUACUGAAGAGGAAAAAAGACGAGAAGAAGAAGAAGCAGAAGCACAGAUGGCCAUGCAGCUUGCUCAAGAGGCUGCUCAUACCAAGAUGGCUAGAGACUUGAGUAAUGAGCUGUAUGAAGUUGAUAUGCAUUUAGAAGAACUAAGAGAGAUGGUUGCCAACAGAUGCAGAAAAAUGUCAACUGAAGAGAAAAGAAAGCUUGGGGUUGCGCUCGCCAAACUGUCUACCGAAGAUAUCAGCAAAGCGUUGGAAAUUGUUGCCCAAAACAAUCCAAGCUUCCAAGCGGCUGCUGAAGAGGUGGAUCUUGACAUAGAUGCUCAGAGUGACUCGACCUUGUGGAGGUUAAAAUUUUUUGCGAAGGAGGCAUUAGAGAAUCAGGGUAAGAAUUCAGGAAGCGUAGGUGGCGGCAAUGAAAACCAUAAUACCAACAAACGGAGAAAAGAUAUAUGUGAUGCUAUUGCCAAGACAUCGAAGAAGAAGGCUAAGAAGCUUAAGGAGUAAUUCUAGGACUCAAAACAGAGGCAUCUUAAAGAGUUUUCCUUCCAAACUGAAAUUGCUUGUGUUGUUUGGCUCUAGUCUCUUCAGCAAUAGCUUUUUCUUGCGGCUCCUUUUUAAGGCCAACGAUUUCAUUGAUCGAAAUCUCCUGGUUAAUGGCUUAUUGGAAAAGUUGGUUUGGAACUUAGCAUAAUAGCAUUGUGAGAUCCAUGUAGUGGACCCCACUUAGCACGCUAUGGUUUUUGUUUUUGUUGUUUCAUUGAAAUUCCAACACUUGCUGUCGUCUCUGAAGCUAUAGCUAUUUCUAGGGGCUUUUCAAGGCCAAUGGUUUCGUUAAAAUGCCAGCUCUUGCUAGUUUUGAAGGCCUCUCGGUCAUCUCUUGUUCUCCAUUAUCCCUGUGGUGGUUCUCUGUUGAUGUAACUGUAUUAGGUGAUGAGGUUAGGUAUCGUGUGGGUCAACUUAGGAGCACAGGCUUAUGUAAACUUGGAGGUUAUAUAUAAAUGCACUGGACAUUGUAUUGUAUUUCUAAUGAAAUGGUGAAGUUGACGAUGGUGAGCUUGAA